AUGAACCGUGGACUUGGCCAAGCUAAUAGUGAUAAUCUUACUCCGCCUACGAAACGUAAACUGAAUGGCCGCCGGCGUUGGCAGAAAGAACGAUUAUCGUCGGACGACUUGAGCCCUCCUUCAACAUUGACCUUAGACACAAAUGGCUCAAGCCCAAGCAUUGAUCCUGACCAAACUAUCGAAAAGCUUAGCCAGCGUGUUUUGAUGGUAGAAACUAUAAAUCUCUACCAUGAGCCCUAUGAGACUACGCAAGAAAUAAAAGCAAGUGAAUUUUAA